GGACCUGCCGCCCGACCCUGCCCUGCCCGACCCUGCCCUGCCCGACCCUGCCCGCUCCGCCAGCGCCCCCCGCACCAUGACCAAGGGCGAGAAGAAACCCUUCCAGCAGAGCCUGGCCGAGUGGAAGCGCUUCAUCUACAACCCCAGCAGCGGCGAGUUCCUGGGCCGCACGGCCAAGAGCUGGGGUUUAAUCUUGCUGUUUUACCUAGUCUUCUAUGGAUUCCUAGCUGCACUCUUCACCUUCACAAUGUGGGUCAUGCUUCAGACGCUGAACGAUGAUACUCCCAAGUAUCGGGAUCAGAUUUCCAGCCCAGGACUAAUGAUUUCACCAAAACCACACAGUGCAUUGGAGUUUACAUUCAAUAAAUCUGACCCUCAGACAUAUAAUAGCUAUGUCUUGGCUCUAAAAACUUUUCUACAAUCAUAUAAUGAUUCAAAGCAGAAGCAAAACAUAGACUGUCCCGUCGGAGUGCUUUUUGAACAGAAUUCCGGUCCUAAGAAGGCCUGUCGGUUUAACCAGACGCUGCUGGGACCUUGCUCUGGAAUUAGUGAUGGAUCUUUUGGCUAUUCUACAGGAGCCCCUUGUGUACUUGUGAAAAUGAAUAGAAUAAUUGGAUUAAAGCCUCAAGGGAAACCACAGAUAAACUGUCUUGCUAAGGAAUCAAGCAAAGUGCAAAUCACCUCUUUUCCUGAAAAUGGAGAUAUUGACUUAUCAUACUAUCCCUACUAUGGGAAAAAAUUACAUGUGGGCUACCUGCAGCCGUUGGUAGCCGUCAAGGUCGCGUUCAGCCCCCUCAAUGGUACCAAGGAGGAAGUGUCGGUGGAGUGCAAGAUAAUGGGAUCCCCCAACCUGAAAAACCAGGAUGAUCGGGACAAGUUCUUGGGGCGUGUGGUCUUCAAAAUAACAAUGAGCGAAUAGUCUGAGUAGCCAAUCUCCACCAAGUCAAUGUUGUGUUGUCUGUCUUCAUCUUGUAUCCGCUGGACCUGCCAUUCUAGAAUUCGAGACCAUCUUGGAGACGGCUGGGGCGGCUCCUGCCGGAAAAGGACCAGGAUGACGUGGGUUCCAGCCCCGCCAAGUCACUGCCGUUGCCUCUGCUCAGCCCAUUGGACCGGUGGACAGACAUAGACGUGUCAUAUUAGGGACCUGUAAAUAGCUGAUUCCAGACAUGUAAUAAUGGUGGUCUUUGUCCUGUUCUAUCUAAUGGGGUAUUUUCUCCAAGUGAGUGUCUAAAGCUUAAUGUGCUGUGCUCUGUAAAUAUUUUAUUGAUUUAACACUGGUUUAACUGUCUUAUCUCAACGCCAACACAGAUUUAGGGAUCAAGUGACCGAAAGUCAAUGGUACAGGACCAACCGACGGUGAUUUUUAUAACCUCUGCGAGAAUUGGGUGGAGACACUACGUUCUGUAUGCAAGGAAGGAAAACAAAAUAAACAUGGAUUUUAAAAGUG